CCUUACAACCACAGAGAGACAUAUAACUUGAUAAACAAGCAUGUCGAAAGAGAGUUUUAAGGGGUUAUAUGUUCGUAUCAAGCCUUUUAUGCUCAUGAUCUUCUUGCAAACUUCAUAUGCUGUUAAUGGUUUAGUUGUCAAGUCAGCCUUAAACAAGGGCUUAAAUCAUUAUACUUUUGCUGUAUACCGCAACGCUGUUGCAGCUCUUUUCUUCAGUCCUUUCGCUUUCUUCCUGGAAAGGAAAGUUAGGCCAGAAAUGACAGUUUCCAUCUUCCUGAAGAUCAUGUUACUGGGAUUACUAGAACCAGUGAUCGACCAGAACUUGUACUAUGCUGGAAUGAAAUUUACAACGGCGACUUUUGCUACAUCUAUGUGCAACAUACUUCCUGCCAUUACCUUUGUCAUGGCUUGGAUGUUUAGACUUGAGAAGGUGAAACUAAGGAGUUUACAUAGCCAAGGGAAGAUCAUAGGGACAAUAGUGACGAUUGGUGGAGCUAUGAUAAUGACAUUAAUAAGAGGCCCUGCAAUUCUAUUUCCAUGGACAAAUCAUCAUCAUCAUCAUCCUCUUCAUCAUCAAUCUACGGUUAACACCAUGAGUACACAAGAUCAGAUCAAGGGAUCUCUCAUGAUCACUGUCGGUUGCUUUUCUUGGGCGAGUUUCGUCAUCCUUCAAGCAGUGACAUUAAAGUCGUACCCAGCUCAGCUUUCCCUCACAGCGCUUGUGUGUAUGAUGGGGACAUUAGAAGGGUCCAUACUUGCACUUGUAGUUGAGAAGACCAAUGCCUCAAUCUGGUCAAUUAACUGGGAUAUCAAAUUAUUUGCCGCUAUUUAUGGUGGAAUAAUGUGUUCCGGAUGCGCAUAUUACAUUUCGGGUGUGGUAAUGCAAGAGAGAGGACCAGUUUUUGUGACGGCUUUCAGCCCACUUGGCAUGGUUAUUAUUGCCAUUUUGGGGUCUUCCAUUUUAGCUGAGAAAUUGAAUUUGGGAAGUGUUGUUGGAGCGGUUGUAAUUAUGGUUGGACUAUAUUUGGUUAUAUGGGGGAAAAGCAAGGAUCAAAACAAACAAGACCUUGAGUUGUCUUUAAAUGAACAACACAUAGAUGGUGUGAAGACGGCGACGUUUAAACACAAUGUUGAUCUCGUUAAUUCUGACGGAAAACCAUCUACUGAUCUUGAAGUAGUUUAAGGACAUCGUUUACAUCAUUUAUUAUUUUUUAGGAUCAAUUGCAAACGGACACCGAGUCAAUUGGGUUGAUCCAUAAACUCACUCAACUAAUUUCAAAUUCUUGGUCAACCGACUUUUGAACAUCAAG